UACCCCGCCCGAUAUGGAUAUGCUCUAUCCAUUGGUUUUCAAUAAGAAUACCUUAUCUGCUCUUUAGGGGAUGCCGUCAGUYGAGUUGUCUGCUCUUUAGGGGCUCUUUGUUUUUCGCCGAGGAAGUAUUGACAGGUCAAGGUGCACGAGUUUAGCUCAGUGGGUUGGCCUUAUAAAUAGAAGCACGGUGUAAGGCAUCCGCACAACCACACACCACCUCAACAAGAGCCUGGCUUGGUAGGCCAAGAACAUUUGAAUGUAUUUCAGCUUUUCAUUUUGUUUUUGAGAGUAUGUUCUGUGUCUCGUCAAAAUGGAUAACGCAUGUACAGAUUACAACGAUAGGCAGUCAAGUGCUAUCCUUUACAACAUCCUCAAUCGAGAAAAUUCCAAGUCAAGCCACAACAGCCUGAACUACAACUUGAUACCUCAUAGAUGCAACUGCGAGAUACGACGGACAGUGUGCUUGAAAAGUCCAGCAGACAUUUGCCAAGAGGCAUCGGGAGUGCUGGUGAAAACAAUUCACUUUAUGAAGAACUUACCYGCUUUCAACCAACUCCCACYGAACGAUCAACURUCGCUCCUCCAAAGUUGCUGGGCGCCACUCUUUAUUUUGGGUCUGGCCCAGGAAGGCAUGAACUUUGACGUCAUCGACACCCCUGCCGAUAGCAUGCUGAAAAGAAUCCUCUUGAAUUCUCAAGAGAGCUCAGAGACGGAAAGAGAGCAGCCCACAUUGGCUGGUGUGAACAAACUCAAGUCGUGCCUCAAAAAGUUCUGGAGUCUGGAUUUAAGUCCAAAGGAGUACGCAUACCUCAAGGGCACCAUGAUAUUUAACCCAGAUGUGAAAGACCUAAAGGCAGCUCUAUUCGUGGAGGGCUUACAGCAGGAGGCUCAGCAUGCUCUGAGGGAGGUGGUMCAAUCACUCCACCCUGGGGACCGGAGCCGCUUCGCUCGUAUCCUGCUCGCGGCCUCCAUGCUCAAGACCAUCACACCCAACCUUAUAACCGAGCUCUUCUUCCGUCCUGUCAUUGGCCAAGCAGAUCUACUGGACUUCCUGGUCGAUAUGCUCUUCAGCAGGUAGCUACUGCAAGGCUGAUAUACAGAGACUUKAUAUAAUUUCCCGCUGGGACAAUAAAGUUGAAACUUGAACUUGAGGGGUGUGGGCUCCCACUGUGAGGGAUAUUGAGCCCCCGGGACUGAGUUGGGGUGUCUGGUCAUGUGGUGAAGAGAUUGACAAAUAAGAGCUCGUUAUAAGGGGAAAUAAAUGUGUAUUCUUUAUUCCCAGUAAYAAAUGUCUGACCAAAUAGGAAGAAAAAAAAUGUCUCUGGAAAUUAUGAGAACAGUUUGCUAUUGUUUACAUCCAACUAUGAAUUAGCAACAUUUACUGUAUAUUAGCAACAACAAAAAAAUAGCAACAUUUUACUGGUUAUAUCAGAUGGUCUACAAUACACAUUCCUUAAAAUCAUGUAUAUUUUGCAGAAUACCGUUUAGAUACAUUGUUUGUUUUCUGUAUGUUUGCAUGAACAAUGUAAAUCAUUUCUGGGACUGCCUCCAGACUAUUUUCUAUAAAUAUAUUUUUAUACAAUUAUUGGGUUAUGUCUUUACAAUUUGGAAUAUGGUUUGCGAGACAAGAAUACAAACAGCAUUAGCCAAGCCACAGUAGAUUAAACGUCUCCUGUUCAAGAGGUCUAUAUUACAGCUGGCAUUGCCAUUCAAGAAGCUCUUCAAGCUCAAUUUAAACAUAUCUCUUCUAAAGUAACUACUAAUAAGCAGUGCACUGGAAUAAUAUGUGCAGAAUUCGAAGCCCACGUUCUCCCCCCCUAAUCAUUGGGUUAGAGUGAAUCUGUGUUGGGAAUUGGGAAUGAGUGGUGUGGAGCAUCAGUGAUGUUUUCAUACAUAGACAAGGCUAUCACAGUAGUGUGAGAGUGCUCCGCAAGUCUCCAUCUUCCUACUCCAGUUCCUAUUGUGUUUGAGCCCAAGUUACAGCAAGCUUUAUCUAUAUUACCUCACUGGUACAGAGGGCACUUUGGAAGGUGGUUUACCAGCUGGGUGCCCYGUACCGUCAUCUUGCUGCCUCUCUCCUCUCACGAGUGGCUCAACGCAGCAACGAGAAGACAGCCUCAACGGAACUGCAUAGUGACUGUCUCAACGGUCAAUAACAGUCACUAAGCUCUCCUUAUCAUACCAAUAAGAUAUGARGAGGAAUUAUAUUUUCAGUCUAAUGAAGCCAAGGUCGGSCUUGAACAAAAAAUGUCACGGCGUUCUGUAUAUCUAAAUAAAGAAUACAAUCUCAACAUAUGUAGAGCGUCACACCGUCUAACAUGAGGUUG